AUGAAGAAUUGGCGUUUAUUCUCAGUCACGAGAUUGCCCACACUGUCCUCGGUCACGGCAGUUGAAGCUCUAACCAGAAACGGAGUCGUCAACUUUCUGCAGCUGUUUCUGAUUGCCGCAAUCUGGGCCGUCAUUCCGAGCGACUUGUUAUCGUAUUUCAUGCACAGUUUCUCCAGAUCCACGGUGCAGGUGAUCCUGGAAUACCCUCACUCUAGGAAGCUCGAAACUGAAGCGGAUAAAGUGGGACUCCUGAUAGCAUCGAGGGCGUGCUAUGACCCGACUCAGGCAGUGGGUGUGUGGGAGCAUCUCCAGAACGUCGACUCUGGGAAGGAACUGGAGUUUCUCUCCACUCACCCCGCCAAUGAAACCAGACUAGAGACCCUGCAGAUACUGCUGCCUGAAGCCUAUGGCAUCUGGCAGAGAAAAUGGACCCAGAAGGUUCAGGUGAAGAACGGGCAGAGGCUAAUGAAGGCAGUAAUGGACAGACCCAAGGGGACGCCCCUAGUAACAGUUGCCAAUCACCUAUCCUACAUCGACGACCCGUCCUUUUACCAUCUCCUUCCUCUACGAAGUUUAUUUUCAGAGAGAAAAGUCAAAUGGACACCUUCAGCGGAGGAGAUUUGUUUCACCAACAGAAUAUCGUCUGCCUACUUCUCUCGUUGUCACGCUGUACCUGUCAUUAGAGGACAAGGUGUUUAUCAGAGGGGAGUGGACUUCCUAAUAAGGAGACUAAACGAAGGGCACUGGAUUCACUUUUAUCCCGAAGGAAAGAUGAACAAUUCUGGAAGAAACAUGAGAUUAAAGUGGGGAGUUGGCAGAGUCAUUGCAGAGACCAAGACACUCCCCAUCGUGCUACCAAUGUGGCUAGUUGGGCUAGAUGACAUUCUACCAAUCAAACCGCCUCUCAGACCAAACCUGUUCAAGUGCUGCUCGUGCACCGAGAGAUGCUUCUCGGAGAAGACGCUGUACGACUCGAGGCGACGGAGGUCGAGUCUCUACGUGGAGUACGGUCGGCGAUCGAGCCAGAAGCCGGACAGUUCGCCUUCGGAAUGGCCGACGAAAGACCAACGCGUUCCUAUCAGUAAGGUGUUUGCCGACCCUGUGGACACCUCCAGGUACGCACAGUACGGCAUGGACGAGCUUUCUCCCGUAACGCAACAACCGCGCCUGCACGGAUCCCCUACCCACCGCUCUCCGAAGCGACUCGCGCUCGGCGUAGCGGGCGGGAGACGGCAAAGCCAACCCGAGUUUCGUCUCAUAAAAUCACACUCUGCGAGCCCGGUGAUGGGGCGGAGAGUGAGCCAACCGCUUGUGCUCCAUCAGGGGAACAUCCCGCCGCUCGUUACGGGUUUGGUGAGUCCGUCGCACAGCGGUCAACUCAGUCUAAGCGGUGACGGUAGUCCGCAACACGCAUCAGAGAUGCGUGGAAGACGUCGCAGCAUCCAAAUGGCGGCACUCCACCAGGAUUUCUAUUCCGAGUCUGAAGAAGAGACUUCCUCGUUGGACGAGAUCGAAGAGAGAGAUGAAGAGUAUUUUAGUUCUCGUCCCGAUAACACGCCGUCCGAUUACGAAACUUCGAUCACCAGCGACGAGGACGGGGAAGGGAGCGUCUGGGGAGACGACCACGGCGUUUCUCAGCCUCUUCUUUCGCUUCACGAAUCCGACCAGCGGCAGAAACCCGAUCCUCCGAAACGCUCGUCCACAAUCCCCCAAAUCGUUGUGACCGAACCGUUCGACAUAGGCCCCAACCCCACUCUCCAGUUCUCCAUAUACUACGACUUCAAGCGGCGCACGCUCAUCGUCCACCUGCAGAAGGGAUUCAAUCUCCCGGCGCGACAGAUCGACUCCGACACGUGCAACGCUUUCGUGAUCGUCUACCUCCUCCCGAAUCGCGAGACGGACCGCGAAACGUACGAAUCCCGUGUCGUUCAAAACACCCCAAACCCGAAUUUCGACGAGAUGUUCCAGUUUCUACGACUCAAACCGGACGUGGCGCGGAAACAGACACUCGUGUUUCGAAUUUAUCACCAGUGCGGCCCCAAACACAACAUCCUCAUCGGCGGAGUCCUCCAGUCACUUGAAGACGUCAAUUUCCACGGAAAGACUCUCAGAAAUCGAAUAAUAGAGGACGUCGAAGAAUCCCAGCAAGACACGCAAGGUCGACUGCUCAUUGGGCUAACCUCCAACCCGACGAAGGGAACGCUAGAAGGAACGGUCUUCGAGGCUAACAACCUCACCAAACAAGAUGUCUUCGGUCUGGCUGAUCCGUACGUAAAAGUCUACCUCAUAUACAAGGGAAAGAGACUCAGCAAAUGGAAAACCAAGGUCAAGAAAAACACGCUCGUCCCGGUUUUCAACGAGUCCUUCGAGUUUCUGAUCCCUGGUCUACACCUGCGGGACCUUCUGAUGCAGGUGGUUGUCAUGGACUACGACCGGUUCAGCCGCAACGACCACGUCGGUAUUGUGAUCUCGGCUGCGAAGUCUCCCACGACAGCGGCCGAAACCACUGGCAAGAGAUCAUCGACUCGCCGCGAGAGGCCAUAAGCCACUGGCACCCCAUUUUGCCCGGGAAGAAGAACGGAAGAGGGAAAAGUUCGGGCUUGAAGACUUCGGGCUCCAUGGGAGCUCUCCCUAUGUGUUUAGGAUCUAAUAAGUAAAGAUAUAGGCAAAUCUGAACAGUCGUUUGUGUAUGUGUGUAUGUAUUGUGUGUACAUAACCGUGAAUUGCGUGACAUCAUCUCGUGACAUCAUCUUGCAACAUCUCAACAUCUCUUAUACAAUCAUACCGUAAAUCAUUCGUUCGUUAUUAUAAUUC